AUUAUUUCGUAGUUGAUACUUCGUUUUUGGAUGUGCAACUACUACAUUCGCCACCUUGCAUUUGAACGUCUUAAAACCAUUCUACUUAGUCAUCAAAUUCACGACAUUGCAACUAAAACAUGAAUCGCGCACGAUCAAUCGCAAUCAACUUCCUUGGCGUUGCUCACCAUGGCUCUUCAUUUAAAUCGCUAAGACCAUACCCUGUUUUUUCUCUUUCCAAAUUUUAUAGCAGAAAGACCCAAAAAAAAGAAUCAGAAAUGGAUGGCAAUACAAUACUGGCAAAAGCUUUAAAGCGACAGGGUGUCGAAUACAUGUUUGGUAUUGUUGGUAUCCCGGUAAUUGAUGUUGCCAUCGCUGCCCAAAGGGAGGGAAUCAAAUAUAUUGGAAUGAGAAAUGAGCAAUCAGCAUGCUAUGCUGCACAAGCUAUUGGAUACCUGACAAAAAAACCUGGAGCUUGCCUGGCUGUUUCUGGACCAGGAUUGCUGCAUACCAUUGGUGGAAUGGCAAAUGCACAAUCAAAUGGAUGGCCAGUAGUUGUGAUUGGUGGUUCCAGUGAUUCAUCCCAAGAAGGUUUAGGUGCCUUUCAAGAGUGCCCCCAGGUUGAAGCCUCACGCUUGUUUUGUAAAUACUCUGCCAGGCCAGCAAGCCUAAGUGUGAUUCCCCUUCACGUAGAAAAAGCAGUUCGCUUCGCUACGUAUGGAAGACCAGGAGCUGUUUACCUGGAUUUUCCCGGUGAUUUGCUAGGUCGUACUGAAUCAGGCGGAGACAUCGAAAACCCUUUGCCAUUGCCCGAACCUCCCAAAAGUUGUGCAGAGCUUAGCGACAUAAUGCGAGCAGUUGAUCUUCUGAAAUCUGCUAAACGCCCUUUACUAGUAGUGGGGAAAGGUGCAGCUUACUCCCGUGCGGAAAAAAUUAUCAACCAGUUUGUGAGAAUGACCAAUAUUCCGGUUUUGGCAACUCCUAUGGGUAAAGGCGUAGUUGAUGAUGGUGACAUACACAGCGUUGCUCCUGCUCGUUCGCUUGCCUUGCAAAAAGCAGAUGUCAUUUUAGUACUCGGAGCCCGCCUUAAUUGGAUUUUGCAUUUUGGAAGACCUCCUCGAUUUGAUUCAAAAGUGAAAAUCAUCCAAGUUGACAUUCAACCUGAGGAAGUCCAUAACAGCGUCCAAUCAUCAGUUGCUCUUGUAGGCGACGUUGGUGCCAUAAUGAAUCAGUUGACUGCACAAUGCCAAUCUGCCAACCUUAAGUAUGACGGUAAUUCAGAGUGGUGGGUUUCGCUGCAAGCAAAGUGUGAAACAAAUAAAGUUUUUAUUACAGGUAUGACGAAAGACGUAAGUGUCCCAUUGAAUUACUUUGCUGUUCUAAGCACAGUUCAAAAGUUGAUUCCAAAAGAUAGUAUUAUCGUCAGUGAAGGCGCGAAUACUAUGGACAUCGGACGUUCAAUUCUUUCCAAUAGGUUACCUCGUCACCGUCUUGAUGCUGGAUCGUUUGGAACCAUGGGAGUUGGGCCUGCCUUUGCUAUAGCUUCUGCUAUAUAUUGUCGUGAUAGAGAGCCAACAAAGCGAGUUAUUUGUGUUGAAGGAGAUUCGGCUAUCGGUUUCAGCGGCAUGGAAAUUGAGACUAUGCUGAGAUACAACCUACCUGUCAUCAUAGUUGUUGUUAACAACAAUGGGAUUUAUAAUGGACUUGAUCCGGAAACGUGGGCCAUUGUUCGCGAGGGGCAGGAUCCUACUAUCGCAACACCGCCUCUAAGCUUGUUACCUGAAUGCCACUAUGAAAAACUGGCUCAACUCGGUCAAAACGGAAGAGGAUUUCUCUGUAAAACAAUUGAUGAACUUGAUAGCGCCUUGAAGCAGGCUAUCGAGCAUACUAGCGGGCCAUCGCUUAUUAACGUAUUAAUAAGCCCUGUGGCACAAAGGAAACCACAAGAACACGAUUGGCUGACUCGCUCAAAGUUGUGAAGAAAAGAAAAAAUAUGAAGCGUUACAUUAUUACAAAAAUCUAUCAACUAUAUGGGAUACAAGAGCGAAAACUAAAUCGUAAAUGUGGGUAAAAUAAACUGUAGUUAUAUUGGAAA